UCAGACGUCUGCUCGAUCCUACUCUCACGUUGAGCCUUCCCUUUAAGCUUUCCGUUUAAUUCUCUGUUCCACUAUUCGAUUCUUCCCCCCUUUUUCUCAACGACCACCCCUGCGAUGGCUUUGGACGCGGACGAGAAAAGCUACAUCCUGGACGCGAGGAACAAUUACGAAGAUGGCGGCAGCCUCGGUUCAGAGGAAUCUUACGAUGACAUGCGGCAACUUGUCGGGGAGAAGGAAGAAGAACCCGGAAAAUUCAAUAGCCUACCGUUGGCCAGUUUUAACUUCAUCAAUUCCAUUAUCGGCAGUGGUGUCAUUGGCAUACCCUAUGCACUACAUCAGGCUGGAUUCGGCCUGGGGAUAGCAUUAUUAGUAGUGGUGGCAGGCCUCACCGAUUACUCUUUAAUUUUAAUGGUUAGAAGUGGCCACAUCUGCGGAGAAAUGAGUUACCAGGGUUUAAUGAGGGCCAGUUUUGGUCGUCCAGGAUUUUAUAUUCUUACAAGUUUGCAGUUUAUGUAUCCAUUUAUAGCAAUGGUCUCUUAUAACGUUGUUGUCGGCGACACGGUGACGAAAGUGCUAAUAAGGGUAACAGGGAUGAGCGAGACUAGCAUUUUCGCUCAUCGUCAAGUGGUCAUCUUCUUUGCGACGCUAUGCAUCACUAUACCGCUGUGUCUUUAUAGAAACGUGGCUCGCCUAGCCAAGAUCUCUUUCCUUUCGUUGGUCUGCGUCGGUUUCAUUCUCUUGGCAAUCUUGAUUCGGAUGGGUACGAUGUCUGCAAUUGUACCAAGCCAAGAAGAUAGCUGGCGAUUCGCAAAUUUCCCCGGCAUAAUUCCAUCCGUUGGAAUUAUGGCAUUCGCCUUUAUGUGCCAUCAUAAUACAUUCCUUAUCUACGAGUCUAUAGAGAGGGCUACCCAACAGAAAUGGGACGUCGUCACCCAUUGGUCACUAUUCACCUCGUUCUUGAUCGCUACAGCAUUUGGAAUUAUUGGAUACGCCACCUUUACUGCAUACGUCCAGGGUGAUCUUAUGGAGAAUUAUUGCUGGGACGAUGAUCUGAUGAAUUUCGCGAGAGUCAUGUUCAGUGGGACCAUUCUUCUCACGUUCCCUAUUGAAUGCUUCGUUACGAGAGAGGUAAUCCUGACAGCAAUCAAAGGAACCGACGAACUGGAGGAUCACACAGCUUACGUCCCGAACUCCGACCGGAAGUACUUGAUAAUCACACUGACGAUAGUGUUGGUCGCUUACCUGAUCUCGAUGUCCACGGAUUGUCUAGGGGUGGUCCUCGAAUUGAACGGUAUCCUCGCAGCUGUACCGUUAGCUUAUGUUCUCCCUGGCCUGUGUUAUCUCAAACUCGAAGAAGGACCAGUUCUCUCGCACAAGAAACUUCCUGCGCUCGGUUUGAUGUCCGCUGGCGUGUUCGCCGCGGUCUCUGGCUUGCUGUUGCUGAUACUGAACAGAGACACGUCCGGUUCCUGCGUGCACGGAAAGGUAAUGCCGUAUUGUAUCGAUAACUCGACCAGCACGAAUUUCAAUUCGAGCAUCAGCGGUACCAUUAGGCCGAUGUAA